CUGCUGACGUGUGCACGGCUGACGUGUGCAGUGGGCGCCCGGCUGGCUGUUUGGCUGCUUUUCCUCCCCGGACUUGCUCAUCAUUUCACAGUUACUGCAGCUCGACCUUCCCUCUCCCUCUCUCCAUGGAUGCCCCCGACCAAGAUAUCAACCUUACCUCUCCCAACAAAGGUCUGCCUGGAAACAUGACUGAUGUGCCUGUAGAUACUCCUGCAAGUGGAGAUGGAGUUGUUGUACUAUCUGAAGCUGAAACUGAGGAGCUCCGCAGUGAACUUUGCAAGGUUGAAGAUGAAAUAGCAACACUGCGACAGGUGCUAGUUGCCAAAGAAAAACAUGCUUCCGAGAUCAAAAGAAAGUUGGGAUUGACACCUUUCACUGAGCUCAAGCAAAACUUAAGCAAAAGUUGGCAAGAUGUACAAGCAUCCAAUGCGUACAAGAAGACGCAUGCAACACUUUCCACUGCUGGAUCUAAGACCUCCAGUGCCAUUUCCAGCGUUGGCUCAGCUCUUAGCAAGACUCUGGGAGAGAUUAAGUCUCACCCUUUUUCUCAGUCCUUUAGCAGUUACUCCAUACGACAUUCAAUAAGCAUGCCAGCUAUGAGGGAAUCACCUACUUUCAAAUCAUUUGAAGAAAGCGUUGGAAAUCUAAAGGCUAAAGUUAUUGGUAACGAAAAUAACAGCAAAGCUGGCUAUCAUACUCCUACUGCUUCGAGCCCAACUGCAGAGGAAAAUCUUUCGCAGGACAAUGCACCUUUCUGAAAAGUUAUUCCGCUCAUAUCUGACUCACUCCCAAAUCUACACAAAUUGAAUUUAAUGCAGUUGCAGUCAUCACAUUAAUGUACAUAUGGUUAUUUGAAACCCGUUUGAUGAAAAUUGCAUUACAGCUGAUGUCCCAGAAGUCUGAUAACCAUUUUCUAAUAUGUAAAACUUGAACAAAAAUGUGGCUGUCAGAAUUCUUCUAGCAAAUUUGAAACAACAUCAAAUUCUUGUUAAAGCAAUUGUUGCCAUUUGAAAACUAGCUUUGACUACUGUUAAAACCUCCAUUUCAACAGAGUAGCAAGCACUUGGCACACUACUAUUAACUCCGAUUCAUAUCAUACUAGCCUUACUAUGUGCUUUAAUGCCACUUUUAUAUGUAUGGGCCAACUCUGGGAUGUAAGUGAUAGAAUUUCCAAUACUAUUUAAGCUUGUAUAGAAUGAUUAUUUACCACAACAGACAUUUUACAGGAGUGCUUAUUUGGACAGGGAUUACUUCUGCUUCUGUUGUAUGUCCAGCUGCUUUAAACAUGUAUAGUUAGAACAUUUGUUAGUGACUGAAGCAAGCUGAUUUUUUUUUUUAAAUUAAAACCAAAUCUCUGAUCACAGGCUAGGGUUUAUAUCCAGUGGGCUAUAAAGGGAUAUAAAUGUGAAAUUUUGGUGGGUUUUAAUGGGAUGACAAUGUAGGUUUUAGAAUGUUUUGAUGCUAUGAGUAAUUAUCUUGCCAUUUCUUAUUUCAAACAAAAGGUAUGGGGAUUGUUCCACUGUUCAAUGUAUGCAAGGAUAUAAUUGUACAUUUUCCCUUUCUAUCACUAGAAUGCUCACAAUUAAACAUUGGUUAUUAAAGCA